GAAGCAGCCGGGAGCAACACCGACUCCGAGGAAGGCGUCGGCGCUUCUUGGUGACGUCACGUCAGCUAGGCACGGCGAACGCCAGGUCUUGUAACAAUGGCGCCGCUGACGCUGCUAUGGCUGACGGCACUGUCCGCCGGUCUGGUGGCCGGGCAGCCGACGCCGCCCCCGCCGCCCUCGCCACCCCCGCCGCCGUCGCUGCGGCCACUGGCGUUGCUGCUGCAGCCGCCGCCCGCCGCCGCCAACCUCAUCCCCGGCGGCAGGUACGCCGCCUCCCGCCCCGGACUCAGCGUCGGCGCCCACGGCAACAACGGCCGCAGCCACGAUAAGCCCGCGGCCUUCUCAGGUAACUGGCCGUUCGUGUUUCCGUCUUCCGGAAAGGCUGCGACGAAGACGAUGACGCCGCCGACGACGAGCACACCUCCAGCGGCUACUAAGAGCACUACCAAGGACGCACCUCCGGCGCCUUCGGAGACUAUUUUGCCGCUGCGUCCUGAGCCGGCGCCCGACAGGGCCGCCGACAUCGCAGCCGUCGACGGUUUUUCUCAGGUGUUUGGGAGGGGCAACUCGGUGCUGGACGAGCCACAGAUGUCCCGCUGCGUGUGGGCCAUCGUGACCUGCUGCAGCCCCAACUCGAAGGCGGUGCGUUACGGCUGCUUCGAGCAGUCCGGCUGCCACGGCGCCUUCUGGGACACCAGCCCCUGCGAGCGGCACAUCACCAGCUCUGCGCUCGAGGCCGCUCUCCACUUUUACCUCUAGGCUGACCCACCACCGUCCCAGACUGCUCAGCAGCGGCGCUCCAUCUCCCUUCGUCUAUUGUGUGUGCCGGAGUGGCAGCUUCUGUUUGCCGCUGGCUAAAUGAAGGAGUGAUGGUCAACUGGCGAAGAGCUAGCCACCUCGUCGUGUAUCUGUCCUGCUGCACCCACAAAUUUACAGUUUCUCUCAGUUCUGUGUAGUGUGGAGUAAUGUCUACUGUUCAGUCUUCGGCUGCAUCCACCGAACGAGGGAUGCCUUGGGCAGAUAUGGGGAAACACUGUAGGGAGGUAGAAUCCGGCCUAUGUUCAGAAACAUAAUCUCAGGCCUGGGCGUCUCCUUCUCUUUGUGCCGAAGACGCUUCACACUUCCUUCAUUGUGUGCUUCGGCCAUUAGGACCAGCCCAGUUUCCUUUUUUUUUUUUUUUUUUGUCUUCUACUCUGGCGCUAAUGAUUUUAAACGUCUGUACUUGUCAAACUGUUGGCUGUAGUGAUAUAAGAUGCUAAAACGAACACUUACUGACUGUAGUUUAGAAGUUCCGAUAUGGAAGACUUUGUGUAUAGCUUUUAGCUGAUCUGCACUUCCCCUCCCCUUCCCUACUGUGCCGUGGCCAUUUACGACGUGACGCUCUCCCACCACUACCGCUGUCACCUCCACAGUCAUGCCGCUCGCACCUUAGCUUAGUAGUUCAUGUGUUCCUAUUUCUGCUGAGGUCUCUUUGUUUUUUAUCAUUUUAAAAGGUUUCAUUCCCCAGGUAGGGCCAGUUGUUCGAGUAAUGAUAUGGUGUUGAGGCAGAGAGCCCCAUUGGGAAUAUUUGGAAGCGGAUUUCUAGCUCUCACACUGGCCUUAGAGUCAAGGGAAAUGGCAAAUGGGGAUUGAUUUUAGUUAAAUUCUGCACAAAUUGUACAAGAUAAACAGUAUGAACAACUCAUGAAUGAGCCGUAAAAUCGAUCACUUUAUUACAUCAAAGCUCUUCAUAUAAACUACUCCAAAUGAAGCAUGUUAUGUACAAUAAGACUGCGAGAAACACGGUAGUAAAUGGACCGAGUCUCAUUUCUGGCAAAAGCCAUCAAGUUCCCUCUAUACUUCUUCUACUGAGCCCAGUUCAAAGGAAUGAAACUCGGCAUAGAGUAAGCAGCAGUAUUACGCCUGUUUGAUUGUAUGGUUUUGCAAAAAACAUCACUUCGAAAUCUUACUGGUACACUAGUUCUAUGUUUUCAAACCACGAUCUGGCGCACAAUCUGCGUUUUUCUCAUUCUAUUGAUUCUAUCGUCCUCAUUCUUCUUGCCCUUCUGUAAAUGCUUUCUCUGAAAGAUUAUAAUAUCAGCAGCUCUAUGUUGCAUAGUCAAAAUCUGUAUCUGUAAUGGAAGUGGAUGACAUAUUGUAAUCUCAUUGACACAUGCGUUCACGUCCAGCAUGUACGAAUUUCUGGGCGAUUAGAAACUUACUGCAAUUAGUUUCUCUUUCUAGUGCUCUCACUUUAUUGUUGACGUGUGACGACGUUUCUACUUUCGUGUAAUGGUUUUCGGCAAAAUCUUGAAAAAAAGAAAAAAAAAGUCAACCGGUGGAAAUCAAAAGGUCACGUUGAAUCGGGCUGGUCUUGUGAGCAGAGACAAAGUCAAGAUUCGAUGCCUGUACAGACUGGCUGCUUUGUGGGUUUCAGUGACUGUCAAAGUUCUCCUUCUGCUUGCUUAUGCUAAGUAUGUGUAAGGAGAACGCCACAAAGGCGUCUUCCAACAAAAUCUCUGUGCUCGCUAGAUGCUGAAAUAUACUUGUUCUUUCACAGAAUAUAAAUAACGUUUCUUCAUAAUAGUUCUUCUGAAACAAUUUCUUUCCAAAACUUUUUCUGACCAAGUAAAUACAAAAGAGUCUAGUGAGUAUGAAGAAUACAACUGUCGUGUUGCCAAGAUUGAUACUUUUGUAAUAAAAUCAAAAUUUACUACUGUAAAUCAUUUCCUUAACGCACUCAUUUCAAAAUGAAACGAACACAAUUUGGACUGCAUAGUAAUAUUUUAUAAGUUAAAAUCCUAUCCUAAGUUCUAAUACAAGUAGCUUUUACAUUUUUUGUCUUCCAAAUUAAUUUUUAGUAACAUACGAACAUUUUCAUUGAUAAUAAUUGUUGCUUUCUCACAUAAUAAGCUUGCUCUAGUCUUGUUUUGUAGCAGCUUUUGUUUCAGCUGACGAAAAUAAGAUUAUUUGGCUACAUGUUUGAUGUCAUGUCUCUGUAGUGUAUGAAUCAAACAUUUGUAUUACUGAUACAUAUUGAAUUAUAUACAUCAGGAAAAGACAGUUCAACGCUGUUACAACGGUAAAAUUUAAUGCUGAGAGUUGUUGUUUGUUAAACUUUCAGCAUUUUAACUUGAUGGUAAAUUUAUUGUUACACUGUUUGACGCAAAGACAUUAAGACGCAGAAAUAGUCUUAAAUUUAUUUAUGUGAAAAAUUUUGUUGUAUUUUUAAAAUUUAUUGAUAAACAGUGCCAGUUAAGGAAAUAUGAGAUACACACCAACUGAUUAAUUCUAUGGCACCCAGUGGAAUUAAAUAAUUCAGUAGAAUUAAAUAAUUUAGUUUUGUUAAGUAUCUAAACUGACAUAA